AUGGGAGAUCCAAGUCGAUCAACAUCACGGUGGUCAGGAUCACUGUCAGUUGCAACUAAAUCAACUAGUGCUACAAGUACAACAACACCAUUGGUCAUUUUACGAAGGAAACUAUUCCGACAGUCAGCAAAUAAAAAAAGUUUCACACAACGUAUGGCUCAAUCAAGAAAUGAUAUUGAAGAAUUAUUUCGAUUAUAUUACUCCAAUGAUCUUAAAUUUGAUAACAUGCAACGACAAAUUGUCACCGGAAAACGUAUUUCAACGGAACAAACGCCUUCAUCAUCACAAGAUAAUUUAACAGCUAGUUCAACAAAUCUUUUCAAUGGCAAACAUUUUGUUAGCCGUGAACAAUGGAGUACAUCAGAGUUGGCUUGUCAUGGCGAACAACAACAGACCUCUAAUGAUCAAACAACAACACGGAAGCGAUCAGUACGAAUUAGAACUGAUAAUAAUGUUAUUAUUAAUUUGCCACCACCUCCAACAGAUACUAGUCAUUCAUUGUUAAAAGCUAUUCCUAUGCCACUGAAUUCAUCGGAUAAAUCCUCAUCAACCCAACAAGACGACUUGUGUGAUUCACCACUUGUUAAAAGUGUCACUUUUCUUGGAGAUAUUCCCAGUGAAUCUCACGAAAUUUUAAAUAAAAGAAAAGCAAAACCCAAAAUACUUCAACGUCCGGUGUCAUCAAAGCCAUCAUUGUCAACAGUUCCAUUGUCACCAACACUUGUAGUUACAAAUGGAAAUAAUAGAAAAGAUCCGAUUGUUCAAUCAAAUAUAUCAAUUUCAACUAUGAAUUCCUCCCAGCCACAAAAAUCGAGUCGUUCAUCUGUUUUAACUGGUUCACAAGUUCUAGUUCGACAACGAACACCUUCAAAACUCUCGUUUUCUCGACAACGAUCAAAAUUAAACUCUUCCAGAGCAACAAUUUCAUCUUUAUCACAGCCAACUAUAAAGCCGGGUUCUCCACCCAUCUGCAGCCCUUUAUCCAUCGAACCGGAGACGUCUGAGUUACCUCUUUUUGUUGGGGGACAACGUGUUGUUUCGAUACCAUCGAAAUGCAGUCGUUAUGUUCUGGUUUCAUUUCCUGAAGUUCCACUUCGCUAUAAUGCUCCAUCUUACGUUGAACGUCUUCUUUUGCCCGAACGUUUUCCAACAUUAUUUCAAAACAUAGUUCACAGUUAUGAUCCGCAUUUAACCAUUGUACAACAAAAUCCAAAUGAAAAAUGA